CCGCCAGGGCACCGACGCACCGCAGGCAGAGCCAGAGCCGCCCGUCUGUCCCUGCCCGCCGCCGCCCGCGCGCCGCCCAGGGACCGAGCCGCCAGUGCCGCCGUCGCCGCCAUGAGCUGCUCGCCCGUGAACGUGAAGAAGCUGAAGGUGUCGGAGCUGAAGGAGGAGCUGAAAAAGCGGCGCCUUUCCGACAAGGGCCUCAAGGCUGAGCUCAUGGAGCGGCUCCAGGCCGCGCUAGACCAGGAGGAGGCCGGCGGGGGCGGCCCCGCCAGCGGCGCGGCCGAGCCCGGCAACGGCAGCGUGGAGGGGGAGGCGGCCGAGAGCGGCGGGGGCGCCGCGCAGCUCCGCCAGGGGGGAGGCCCCGGCCAGGCCGCGGCCUCCGCCAUGGAGGACGACGACGAGGAAGGGCUGGAGGCCGCCGAUGGCGACGCCAUGGAGCUGGGCGAGGAGAACGGGGAGCGGGCAGGGGCCGGGGGCGGCCCCAUGGAGGAGGAGGCGGGCGGCGAGGAGGAGGAAGAGGAGGAGGAGGAUGAGAACGGCGACGACCAGGGUUUCCAAGAGGGGGAGGACGAGUUGGCCGACGAGGAGGAGGCCGCGGCAGGGGACGCCAACGGCCACGGCGACCAGCAGCCGCCGCAGCCCCAGCAGCCGCAGCAGCCCCCGCCGCUCCUCCCGCCGCGCAGCGCCGCCGCCGCCAAGGAGGCUCCCGGCAAGAGCGCUGGGGGCGCCUCGGGGCCCGCCGCCGCCUCCGGCCCGGCGGGCCCCGCCAAGCAGCAGCAGCAGCAGAAGAAAGCGGAAGGCGGCGGUGGAGGCGGCCGCCCCGGGGCGCAGGGCGCUGGGGGAGAUGGUAAAACGGAACAAAAACCUGGUGAGAAGAAGAGAGGAGUGAAGAGACCACGUGAAGACCAUGGCCGGGGAUACUUUGAAUACAUUGAGGAAAACAAAUAUAGCAGGGCCAAGUCCCCUCAACCACCUGUGGAAGAAGAAGAUGAACAUUUUGACGACACAGUGGUUUGUCUUGAUACUUAUAACUGUGACCUGCAUUUUAAAAUCUCAAGAGACCGGUUUAGUGCUUCCUCUUUGACCAUGGAAAGCUUUGCUUUCCUUUGGGCUGGAGGGAGAGCCUCCUAUGGAGUUUCUAAAGGCAAAGUCUGCUUUGAGAUGAAGGUUACAGAAAAGAUUCCUGUUAAACACCUGUACACAAAAGACAUUGACAUUCAUGAAGUGCGAGUUGGCUGGUCACUGAACACAAGUGGAAUGUUGCUCGGUGAAGAAGAAUUUUCUUACGGGUAUUCUCUGAAAGGAAUAAAGACAUGCAAUUGUGAGACUGAAGACUUUGGUGAGAAGUUUGAUGAAAAUGAUGUGAUUGGAUGUUUUGCUAAUUUUGAUGGUGAUGAAGUGGAACUCUCAUACUCCAAGAAUGGGCAAGAGCUUGGUGUUGCAUUCAAAAUAAGCAAGGAAGUUCUUGAUGGGCGACCACUUUUUCCACAUGUUCUCUGCCAUAACUGUGCGGUUGAGUUUAACUUUGGUCAGAAGGAAGAACCUUACUUCCCUGUACCUGAAGAGUAUACCUUCAUCCAGAAGGUCCCCCUGGAGGAUAGGGUCCGAGGACCAAAGGGACCUGAGCAAAAGAAAGAUUGUGAAGUGGUGAUGAUGAUUGGCUUGCCUGGAGCUGGCAAGACUACAUGGGUUACCAAACAUGCCGCAGCAAAUCCUGGGAAAUACAACAUUCUUGGGACAAAUACUAUUAUGGACAAAAUGAUGGUUGCAGGUUUUAAGCGUCAGAUGGCAGACACUGGAAAACUUAACACACUGUUGCAGAGAGCUCCACAGUGUCUCGGAAAGUUCAUUGAGAUUGCAGCUCGUAAGAAGCGGAAUUUCAUUUUGGAUCAGACAAAUGUGUCUGCAGCUGCGCAGAGGAGAAAAAUGUGCCUGUUUGCAGGCUUCCAGCGCAAAGCAGUUGUUGUUUGCCCAAAAGAUGAAGACUACAAGCAAAGAACACAAAAGAAGGCAGAGGUGGAGGGAAAAGAUCUUCCAGAGCAUGCAGUUCUCAAAAUGAAAGGGAACUUCACACUGCCAGAGGUAGCAGAAUGUUUUGAUGAAAUAAUCUAUGUAGAGUUGCAAAAAGAAGAAGCUCAGAAGCUUUUGGAACAGUAUAAAGAAGAAAGUAAGAAAGCUCUUCCACCAGAAAAGAAACAGAACACUGGCUCAAAGAAGAACAAGAAGAGCAAUAAAAAUCAAUUUAAUAGGGGUCAGAGAGGACGUGGAGGAUUCAACAUGCGGGGCAACUUCAGAGGAGGAGUCCCUGGAAAUCGUGGUGGAUACAACAGGAGGGGAGGCAACAUGCCUCAGCGAGGUGGUGGAGGUGGUGGUGGUGGCGGUGGCAGCAGUGGAGCAAUUGGCUACCCGUAUCCUCGUGGCCCUGUCUUUCCAAGCAGAGGUGGCUACUCAAACAGAGGAAACUAUAACAGAGGUGGAAUGCCCAACAGGGGAAACUACAACCAGAACUUCAGAGGAAGGGGAAAUAAUCGUGGCUACAAAAACCAAUCUCAGGGCUACAACCAGUGGCAGCAGGGUCAAUUCUGGGGUCAGAAGCCAUGGAGUCAGCAUUAUCACCAAGGAUAUUAUUGAAUACCCAAAUAAAUGAACUGAUACAUAUUUCUCCAAAACCUUCACAAGAAGUCGACUGUUUUCUUUAGUAGGCUAACUUUUUAAACAUUCCACAAGAGGAAGUGCCUGCGGGUUCCUUUUUUAGAAGCUUUGUGGGUUGAUUUUUUCUUUUCUUUUUUUGUACAUUUUUAAUUGCAGUUUUAAAGUGAUUCGUAAGAGAACCUCAGCAUUGUGCACGAAAAGAGAAUGUGUCAGUAUUUCAGGGUUCUACAUUUUAUCUGUAAAAUGUGACUUUUUUUUUACCACAACAAAAGUAAAACGUUGCUUUGUA